UCAGCAUCGCUCAGUUUUCCUGCAGGAGGCUGCAGCUCAGGAUCUCCACCGGUGACCAGAUAUGAUCUGCACACUUCCCCGCUGAUGCCGGGAUCUCUUUCAUUUGUUUUGCAUGGAUGAUAACAGCUCAGCGCCUCUUCAUGGAUUUCUCACAGCACAACUAAUUUGACUAAUUCAAAACCCCGGGAUAAAGAGAAAAGAGAGAAAAAGAGGGGGAGACUCCAAGUGCUUUCCAGCGGGGACACCUUCUUUUUAGUGUGUGUGUAGGUUUGUGGAAGCUGCAGCUCAGCCUGUCUUGGACAUGGGACCGUGCGUCAGCCGAGCGGGAGCCAGAGGAAGAGCGUCUUCCUGAAGGAGGAACAGCCCCGUGUGCGGGACUUUUUAAAAUCUUUUUUUUUUUUUUUUUUUUUUAACCCUUUUUUUUUUCUCGCAACCGGUGAGGGGGAGCUGUGGGUUUUUUACGCGCCGGAAUGAUGCGUCCCAACCGCGGCUUCAUCCUGCUCCUCCUCAACGGAACCGCUUGUUUGGUGGCCCUGGGUCAAGAAGACGACUCCUCCAGCCCCAAGAGCUCUUCAGACGACUCCUCCAAGACGGUGGGCCUCCUGAGCGGGCAGACUCCCCUCUCGCCUCUCAGCCGCUGGAUGCUUCACAGUAAGAGCAGAGCGGCUAACGCCACCUCCCUGGAGCUGCCCUACCGCUCCCCGGUCCCUUUCUCCAAGCAGGAGUUUUCGAAACAGGAGUUCUGGGAGAUGCUGGGCAGCGACCUGCUCAAACCUGACGCCUCCAGCUCCAGGGUCAAGCGACGGCCCAUCGUUAAGACCGGCAAGUUCAAGAAGAUGUUCGGCUGGGGAGACUUCUAUUCCAAUAUCAAGACGGUUAGGCUUAACCUGCUGAUCACCGGCAAGAUUGUGGACCACGGCAACGGCACGUUCAGUGUCUACUUCCGCCACAACUCCACAGGCCAGGGCAACAUCUCGGUCAGCCUGGUGCCGCCUGUCAAAGCGGUGGAGUUUGACCUGGAGCGCCAGAGCGUGGUCUACCCCAAGGACUCAAAGAUCUUCAACUGCCGCGUGGACUAUGAGAAGGUGGAUCGCAGCAAGCGCACCUCACUGUGCAACUACGACCCGUCCAAGACCUGCUUUCAGGAGCAGAUUCAGAGCCACGUGUCCUGGAUUUGCUCCAAGCCUUUCAAGGUCAUCUGUAUCUACAUUUCCUUCUAUAGUACGGACUACCGCCUGGUCCAGAAGGUCUGCCCGGACUACAACUACCAUAACGAGAUGCCCUACCUGCCCUCGGGCUAGACGACUUGUAGAGGGGAGGAGAGGUGGGAGGGGAGAGGAAAAGGGGGGUGAGUAGGAGUGACUGCAACAUGUGAGGAGGAAACCAGGGCUGUCAAUAGUCCUUAAAGCCAAUGUGGCUGUAAGACACCUUAAAAAAAGCCCUCUCUGUAGCCUGACUACUACUGUAAGAUGUAAAAACAUAUAUGCAAAACUAAACCUACAGUAUGCAGAUAAUGAGGCAUUCGGAAUGCUUGACUGCGGCAUUCAUCAACUGGACCGGUAGUGAAAAUCAAACACCGCCAACACGCACAUUCUUACCUCAAUCCAGUUUCUAAAUGCCAACUUUUUCGCCAGCUACCUUUUCUCCUCCAUUAAGUCAUUUGUGAACGUUGUCUGAAUGUCCUUUUGAUCACCCUUUAUGAUAAUUGCUCUUUCGCAAAAGUCACAAGGCAGUGUUUUCAGUUGAGACGCUCUGAUACGGUUCACUGGAGAGUUGUGUCUGAAUCCAGACUUUAUUACAAACAUGCAGUGUUUAUAAUUGAGCACUGUAAAAGGAAAACAAUGAUAUUUCGUGAAACACGAAGCAUCAUUUUUUGUUUUUUUCUUCUCACAAAGAGCAGAUGAAUGUAAAGUGUAACCAACCGCAGGAUCACGCCAAGUCUUUUUAAAGGGCAUCCCACAGAAAUGUCAAAAGUUCCUCUUCUUACUCAUCUUUUCACUUUCUGUCCACAUCAUCCAACCAAAUCGGCAGCAUAAAAACAAUGACAAUUACGUUUCUGUGAAAGCUUUAAGUGUCUUUAGGUCGGAUUUUCUAUUCCUCUCUCGUCGCAGCUUGGUUAGGUUUAGGAAAACAUCAUGAUGUAAUACCAGUUUCGGUCUUGGCAAAAGUGGCUGCAAAUUGUCCAGCAAUUUGUUCGAAUGUCAGUACGCUGUGCAAACUAUGACGUGCAAACUUUCGCGCAUCUGUGCUUUGCAGAAACACUAAGCGCUAACGUUACAUGCUGCCGACUGGGGCUGCAUCCUCAUGUGUUAGCAUCCCAACAGAGGCAAUGUCAGUGCGCUGAGUUUACUUUUGCUGCCUGCCAAAUCUAAUCACAGUAUAUCUCUCAGUUAUGUCACCUCUGUUUCAAUAAAAGAGGGAAAAGAGAGAGAUAGAGAGAGAGAGAGAAAAAAAAAAAGAAAAUUUGCAAGGAAAAGCAAUUGCUCAUCAUAGAUUUAGGGCCAGGGCUUAAAACAAGUUCAGUGCGAGGGAAAUAACCAGAUUCUGCAUAGAGAUAGAAUUGGCCCUCCUUACUUAAGAGAGAGCGAGAGAGAGAGGUGGGGGGCUGAGAGAGGGAGAGACUCAGUGAGCUGUUUUAAUUAAAGUGGAGAAGGAGUGUAUGCAGCUCCUUCUAUUGUCCCCUCUGUAUGAAAAAGAUUACAUUUUGUUGCCGUCAGGAUUCCUGAUUUCACGCCUUGAUAACUUUGACUGUGUGAGGGAGAUUGCUCUCUCCCGACAAACACUGUGUUCACUAAAGUCAGCCCGUUAUCUUGAAUAAAUGAAAAUAUUAUCAUAAUUAUUACAUAUAAUUUAAUCUCCUUUAGAACUAAUUAAGGUUUCAACGAGAGGGCGAAAUGUAUUCCUAAAAAUCAAGUCGGCGGGUAGGGGGAUAAGAGGACGCUCAUGGAGAUUGUUGUGUUCCUGCGCGGAGCCGGCAGCCACGGCUCAGCCCAGAGUUAACUGCUCUCAUUAAGAUAAAUGGCCACUGGCUGGCCCAUCUCAUGUUUCUCUCCCAAACAAUAUCAGCGGAGAGCAGCGCGCAGUGGAGCCGUGAAUUAGGUAGCCUGACAUCCAGUGUGCUCAGAGGUUACCGCUACCCUGCUUAUGAAGGGGCAAUGACUUCUUAGUUCAUUAGCGGUGAACGGUCACAAGACAGGUGCGAAGAGUCAUUAAACGAUGAUAUCAGAUAGCUGCGUUGAUGCUAAUGUGCUGUGAUUUCAAGGAUGUAGACGAGAGCUGCGCGCCGAUGUCCCAGGUGGACGUGUGCAGCAGUGAAGCCGACCUCCUGUAGCACACGGCCGGACACAAAUGUAUUGCCUCGGCUGGCUGAGUGUGAGAGCAGGAGUGGGAGGGAAAAAAAGAAAAAAAAAAACACAGACACAGGGCUAAAGAUAGCAACAAAGUCUUGUAAAUCAGCGCAUGGAAGCUCCGAGUUUUUAAUUUACUCUUAAAGAGGGGGGUAGAUUCUCACCAUAUGCGACCGCAUCAACUUGUGGCCCAGAGCGAAUGGCAAGCGUGUCUGCGGGCGAUAGACAGCUCCACCACCCGCAGCAGUGACGGAGGCUGUUCAUCUGGCGCGGCCUCCUCCUGCGUGUGACUGCUUUAUUGAAACACGCAUCUCACAUUACGCACGGGUUCAGCCGCUUGCCCCACACCUAGUACCUGUCGGGCUCGUUUCUUACCGUAAAGCGUCUCCCAAUCAAGAAUCCGCACGCAAAGGAUUUUUUUCCUAAAGAGGCUACCAUUAAUCAGAGAGGCUUGGAGAAACUGAGUCUGAUUCCUGCCGCAUCACAGCGGCUGUUUGUGCAGUAUUUAUUUGAAGGCAAAACAUAAAGAGUCCCCGUGGAGCAUGGAAUAUAGUUGUAGGUCUGGCAGCAACUGAAACUAAUCAUCUGACUCUUGUCUGAAGGUCCUUUUCCUGGACUGCUGGAUGGGAUACAAAGCUUAAGGAAUGAUAAAUAACAGACAUGCACAUCCCUGUGCUCGACAGGAUGGGCGCUGCUCUAACAGAGUUAUAAACAGAUCUGCACCCCAAGUUGCUCCUGGAAAUAUGUCUUUUACUUGCUUGUCCUCCAGACUUUUGAAAUCUAAGGAAGAGCCUUGCGCUUGAAACGUUGCAGCAAAAAAAAAAAAAAAAAGAUUCAGGAGCUUCUCGGUGUGCUGAUCUGUCUUUUUCUGUUCAUCCAUAUUCUCAUCCUCCAUCUCUGUCUGGUCCUUUCCCCUCCAGACGUCUCAGUCCCAUGCCUCUCUGUCUUCACGCUGUCAUCCUCUCCCUGUGUGUGUGACCCGGCUCAGUGGCCUCAGCCUCCACACCCUCUCUACCUCCCUUAACCUGGCGUUGAACCCUGCUGUUGGGGUGCUUCCUCACUGAUGCCCCUGCCUGCCCUCCUGCGAGUAGCUCCGAGCUGAGCUGGCUAAUCUAUGAGCUUAAAGCCGAGCCAACUGAACAUCAGCUGUGAGAACUCCCCUGUCUCCGUCUCUAUCUAUCUAUUUCUCUCUAUAUCUAUAUCCCAUCAAACAAAAUGUGUGUGUGCACACGCAGUCUUAAGAUGUGCUGGUUUAGGUAUUUUCCUCUCUCCUGUUCAAAGCAUCCAUCUUACAUAAGCCCCUGGAUUGUGAGGACAUGAGAUCUCCUCGAGAGCAUGCCAACAGAGUGCCCGACACAGACACGCCCCAGUAACCUCAAUACUCCUCUCCCCCCCUCCUGCAGGGCAUCCGGAGAGAAGCUGGAUACUCACACAUGUUAGAAUCAAAGCAGGGCAACGGGAGCCCACGGCACUGAACUCGUGUAGAAAAAAAAAAAAAAAAGAAGAAGGACACAUUGUGGGCCACCCGCCAAGAAGAAGCCCCUCACUCCGCUCCUUACCGAUCCUCUCAGAUUUACAGCAAUACUCUCACCGAGACUCCACCCUCUCGAGUUAAAGAAAAGGCUGCUGGACUGAUUUUAAGAGACAGUCGCGUUGCUGUGGGAUGGACGGUGUUGUUGCGACAGCAGCCUUACUGUAGACCAAUCUAGUGCCAACAGACAUGUGGAUAUUUGGCCUUAGAGACUGCGAGACAACACUGACCCACUCAGCAAAGAAUAGUAACAAAACCCGACUGUCAAAAACAUAAAUAUACAUAUAUAUAUAUAAAAACUAAGAGUCCUCAGAUCUGAAUAAAGUUGUAUUUAAAUGUGGGUCAUGCAGUGGAGGUUGUCUGUUUUAUCUUUUCUGUUGGUGGCUUUUGUUCCUCUAUGUCAUGUGGAUGAUAUACUGUAUGGAUGAUAUGAUGGCAUUUACUGUGGUUUUCGACAUUCUAAAAAUCAAUAAAGUAC